UCCUGGGUGCUGUCGCCGGGAGGGCUGGGCCCUUGGACCGGGCUCUCCGUGCAGGGACCGCGGCCGGGCGCCUAGAGCGAGCCGGCCGGCUCUGACAGCGACCGGGGCCGGGCCUGCGGUGGCGGCGGGCGGCCGGGACAGCGCCCGGCGAGGGCGAGGGCGAGCCGGCGCGAGGGCGCGGGCCGGGGGCGCCGGGAGGGCGGUCCUGCUCCCCUCGGCUCCCGGGGCCGCCGGGUCGGGCUGUAGGGAGACCGUGGGCGUCCGGGAGGGCGUGGAACGCUCGGCGGGGUCCCUGGCGCGGCGGUAGAGACUCGGGGCGGGGGGUCUUUCCUUGCCGCCUCCCCAGAGCCCACCGCGCUCUCCUCGCCCCCUCCCUCCCCUCGUGGGGGAGCGGUGAGGAGGUUUGGGUGUGUUGCCAGGUGAAGCGAGUUGUAGGCAUUCAAGACUGCUCCGUCGGACAUGCCUGAUGGAAGCAACCUCUUUCGCGGUAGCUUUUAGAGACAGAGGAAAAGUACUCCCCCCCAACUCAACACUAGAGGUUUCGGGACAGAACGAACCCCCCAGCCCCUCAGCCCCUCAGCAUCCAUUGUUUUGUAUCAUCCUCCUCCCCCGCCCCACGUUUAGGAAUUCUAAUGAAUCAUUGCUUGACCAGCACCAUUUUACCAGUUGAAAUGAGCUAUCAGAAAUGGGAAUAGAUCCAACAUGUAAUAGAUGGCUGUUAUUCCAUGGUGAUCGCUUCUUCAAGCCAGUACCUUUUUGAUUCCAUAGGAUCUUUGUCUCUUCAUCUUUGAAUUCUAAUUACUAUUGUUGGCAAAUAAAAUAAAAAGAGUUCAUGUAGUUUUUGCCAAAGCUUGAGUCACCAUGAGUAGUAGUUUAGGAAAAGAAAAGGACUCUAAAGAGAAAGAUCCCAAAGUACCAUCAGCCAAGGAAAGAGAAAAAGAGGCAAAAGCCUCUGGAGGUUUUGGGAAAGAGAGCAAAGAAAAAGAACCUAAGACCAAAGGGAAAGAUGCCAAAGAUGGAAAGAAGGACUCCAGUGCUGCCCAACCAGGGGUGGCUUUUUCAGUUGACAAUACGAUCAAACGGCCAAAUCCAGCACCUGGGACUAGAAAAAAAUCUAGCAAUGCAGAGGUAAUUAAAGAGCUCAACAAAUGUCGGGAAGAGAACUCAAUGCGUUUGGACUUAUCCAAGAGAUCUAUACACAUAUUGCCAUCAUCAAUCAAAGAGUUGACUCAAUUAACAGAACUUUAUUUAUAUAGCAACAAAUUGCAGUCCCUCCCAGCAGAAGUGGGCUGUCUAGUAAAUCUCAUGACACUGGCUCUAAGUGAAAACUCACUUACCAGUUUGCCUGACUCUCUUGAUAACUUGAAGAAGCUGCGGAUGCUUGAUUUACGGCAUAAUAAACUGCGAGAAAUUCCUUCUGUGGUGUAUAGGCUAGAUUCUCUCACCACUCUUUACCUUCGCUUUAAUCGUAUAACUACUGUGGAAAAGGACAUCAAAAACCUGUCAAAACUCAGCAUGCUUAGCAUUCGAGAGAACAAAAUCAAACAACUACCUGCUGAAAUUGGUGAAUUAUGUAACCUCAUUACGCUGGAUGUAGCUCACAAUCAACUUGAACAUCUUCCAAAGGAGAUUGGAAACUGCACACAGAUAACCAACCUUGACUUGCAGCACAAUGAACUGCUAGACCUCCCAGAUACUAUAGGAAACCUGUCCAGUUUAAGUCGUCUUGGUCUGAGAUAUAACAGACUGUCAGCAAUACCCAGAUCACUGGCAAAAUGCAGUGCACUUGAAGAAUUAAAUUUAGAGAACAAUAACAUUUCUACUUUACCAGAGAGCCUUUUGUCAAGUCUUGUGAAACUGAAUAGUUUGACCUUAGCUAGAAAUUGCUUCCAGUUAUAUCCAGUUGGUGGUCCAUCUCAGUUUUCCACCAUUUAUUCCCUCAACAUGGAACACAAUCGGAUCAAUAAAAUUCCAUUUGGAAUUUUCUCCAGAGCAAAAGUAUUAAGUAAGCUGAAUAUGAAGGACAAUCAGUUGACAUCACUUCCCUUGGAUUUUGGAACUUGGACCAGUAUGGUAGAAUUGAAUUUAGCCACUAAUCAGCUCACAAAGAUCCCUGAGGAUGUGUCUGGUCUUGUUUCUCUUGAGGUUCUGAUAUUAUCAAAUAAUCUUCUAAAGAAGCUUCCCCAUGGUCUUGGAAACCUUAGGAAGUUAAGAGAGCUGGAUCUAGAGGAGAACAAAUUGGAAUCCUUGCCAAAUGAAAUUGCUUAUCUUAAGGAUUUACAGAAAUUAGUCUUGACAAACAACCAGUUGACCACUCUUCCCAGGGGCAUUGGUCACCUUACCAAUCUCACACAUCUAGGCCUUGGAGAGAACCUACUUACUCAUCUUCCUGAGGAAAUUGGUACACUGGAGAACCUAGAAGAACUGUAUUUGAAUGACAACCCCAACCUGCAUAGCCUUCCCUUUGAGCUGGCUCUUUGCAGCAAGCUUUCAAUCAUGAGUAUUGAGAACUGUCCACUCAGUCACCUUCCACCUCAGAUUGUUGCUGGGGGUCCUUCUUUCAUCAUUCAGUUCUUAAAGAUGCAGGGUCCAUAUCGUGCCAUGGUCUGAUACAAAUCUGCUGUCCCACACACUGUUCACAAAUAGACUGCCAUUAACGUUUCAUAUCUAUAUCUGUGUCUAUUUAUGUAGAUAUUGAUAUAUUUGGCAGAUUUAUAAAGUCUGCAUUAUGUGUUUCUGCUAAUAGAGGAAUCAUAGCCAUUUAGAUUUUUUUAAAAUUUCUGUACAAAAGGCUUAUAUAAGUUUUCUUUGCUGAACUUGAUGGAUGUUUUCCUAUUGUGUAAUAUGCCAGUUUGCUCAAGACAUUUGUAAACAAAUUAUGAACUUAUUAAAUUUAAGGGGCAGAGGUAGUACAGUUAGAUAUACUUUCUCUUAGCAAAAAUAACGGGCAAAUAAUUUUGUUGCAACUUUUCAUACAUAUUUUCCCCUUACCAGUUGUCAGAUCUUUAUAAUAUUAUAGGCCCUGAUGGUAGAAUUUUUUCUUUAACUUAUUUUGAAAUUUGAGAUUUAAAUUUUAUAUAUUGUUUACAGUCAGAGUAAAUCACUGGAUUUUUUGUUGUUAUUGUUUUGAUUUGCUCUGUUUUAAUCAGUCAAAUCUAGAGUUUAUAUCCUCUGCAAAGAAUUUGCAUCAGCUGGUUUAAAUAUAAAAGAUAUUUGCUUUUUUGAAACAACUGGCAAAGUGAAAAGAUAGUCAAAAUUCUAGAAUUCCUGUAAUUGUGAUUCUCAGAUCAAUUGUGAAGCAAAAUAUUUGAAUUGAGUCUUUCGGUUGUGGGGGAGGAGGGUAUUGAGACUUUUUCUAGUAUAAAUAUCUUUUCUUAAGUUUGGGGGAACAGAAACUUGUAGCGCAAAGGAGUUUUCAUUCCUGAAACUUGCAGGUCCACAAAAAAUAACAAAAAUUUGGCAAAAAAAUAUACAUACACACACAUACUAUAUAUGUAUAUACAAUGCUAUAUAGAUAUGUAUUUAUUAUAUCAUAAACUACAGUAGGUAACUUUAAGGAUUUCUCCCUAGCCUUGUACAAUGAAAAUGAAUGUUUUUCUUUGAACACUGCAAUAUAUGUAUGUUUCAAGGUUAUUUAACAGUGUACUAUGGUUUUAUAUCUUGACUUGCCUUGUACAUCUUUCAGUUCUGGAAUAUCUGCGUCUAAGCACAAUAUCUUCACACUGUGCUCUAUUGCUGCUGAACUAAAUGCACUUUUCCCCACAUGUGGGGCACUGGCUUCACACAAUUCAGUUCAGUACCAUUGAUUUUAAUAUUAUCUUUCCUUUCCUGGUAGUUGUUAAUAUAGUUAUGGAAAAGAGGCAUAUUGCAUAGAAGCCAUUGGUAGUUCAGUGGGAGUUCUGUAAGAUGUGCCUGUGCUCUUUGAUGUAUUUUCUUUGCUUUACUGCUUUUAGUCUGGCAGUGUUGUAAAUGCGUGCCCCUUAUACAGUACUUUUACUUUUGAUAGUGUCAGUCUAAGUCAGUUUAAUUUUUGAAGAGACAGAGUAAGUGCAUUCUAGGUAUCAUUCUAAAAAACACAUCCCAUAUAAAGAAUAACUAUUAUGUGUAAUUACAUAUUGCUGCUUGGAUUUCUUUUUUUUAUUUCCAUUUAGGUGGGCAUUGUGUUUUAAAGAAAACCAUUUUUGAAUUAAGGCCAUGAUAUUAUGAUAGAAAUUUGGAGUGUUGUUUUGCUUUUCCUGGUGCUCAAAAUCAGGACUAAGUUUGAGGUGGAACCUAUAUUCGUAAUUGGCAAAUUUUUAAGGAGCAACUAAGAAAUGGAAGGCAGGUGAAGAUAUAAAACCCUAGAAUGCUUCAAUGUGCUGUAAAACUAUUGUAGAUGUCACUGGAUUUUACCAAGUAAUAUCCUUUCUUCUUUUCCCCCCAUCUACUGUGGCUUUUCAAUUAAAAUUUUGUUUAUAAAAGGAAUUUGUUUAUUACAGCUCUACCUA